CUUGUCUUCUUUAGCCGCCGACUUUAUGGUACCACACCUCCUUCUCUCCUGCCCCCCCCUCCUCAAUGUGUGCGGUGUGCGCUGGUGGUGGGUGGGUGAGUCAUCUCUAUAGCCAAGUUUCAUUAUUGUUGUUGGGGGAGGUUCUACUGUGCUAAAAAACAAAAAACUAACUAACUUAACUACCUUGAACUACCUUAAAAUGAUUUAAAAUUAGAUUCCUACAUCCACAUCCACAUCUCAUCUCACGUCAUUAAUACCGCUUUGUUGUCAUUUAUGGUUCCUAAUAAUAUUUUCAGUUUUUCUGCGUUGAAUUUUACUGCAUUAAAAUAUUUUUGUCGUCACACGUGGGCCAUGGCCGUUCCUAUACCGCAUGCCUGGUGAAUCGUGCACGUGAUAGAAGCUGACCCUCGUCGCCUCGACACCCACACCUCAUAAUAUUUCCAGGGACAGUGCCCUCCCGGAAUUUCAAUAAUAUCCGCGGUCGCUUCAAAUUCCGUUUAAAUAACGGUUAAUGGGGUUUGUGGGGUUUGUGUGUUCUGUCCAUGGCGUAAACGCCUGUAAAACCGGGAUAGGCCACCCAGUGGUACACAUAUGCUUCACGGGCGCGCCUACCUAGCAGACGUUUGGCCCAUACUCUUGGGUUUUAGUAUUGCACAAAUAAAUUAUUUACUACAAAUCAUAGCGAGCGCGAACAUUUUUUAGAAGUCUUACCUGAAGCACUUUGAGAACCGUCCGAACCGGAUGACAGUUUCGGCAGCCCUCCAAGAGACUUAACGCCUGCGAAGCCAGGGUAGGCCUGCCAGCAAUGCAUCCCUGCUAAACGGGUGUGCCUGCAUCUCAGGCGUUCCGCCCAGUCUGCACUACCCCUCUCAUUUAAAAUUAGGUUAAAAAACGCUGUGCAGAAUUUGUGGUUAGGGCGAACUUUUCUUUUCGCUUCCCGGAUUUCCCGUGAAGCCGUGGUAGAAUCUAACUAUCAUCGCAUCGGGCAUUUCUUAGUAAACCCCGGGCAAGUAUCCUCCUAGAUAAUAACAAUGACUCUCUCAGCUAACACAUUGCCGUGAGCAUGCGCGACGAGUCCCAUCUGGAAUUCUCAACUGGACCAACUGGAUUCGUCUAUGACGGCAGUCUAAGAUUUAACGCCUGCGAAACGUAGAUAGGCCGCCUUGCGAUACAGCUAUACUUAACGGGCGGGCCUAUCACCCAGGCGCUUCGUCAUACCGUUUUUCUCGUGUAUUUGUGAACUUUUUUCAGAAAACCUUGAUUAUUUUCCACCAAACGGCUUGUUGCGGUUUAUUUUGUUUUUUGUACGUCGCAUUAUGCCGGACCCCCGAUACACUCUCCGCCGUUGGUCUUCCGGGCGAGUCAGUGGAAGCUCAUAGGCCGUGCACGUUCGUCCUUUGCGGGAGGCUGCCCCCUCCCUCUCCCUUCCCCAAUCCCAUGGCGAGACGGGGUGGAGAGAGGGGGGGGGGAGAGCAUGAAGUAGAGGGGAACCGGGGACAUCCGAGUAGGCCUUAGGAUAAAGAUAUAAAAGACAAGGGGGCCGGAUGUCCAGACAGACUCAAGUCAGGCAGCUGACGGCCCAAACCCCAGAGCAAAGACAACCACCGCACACAAAAAUGAAGGUGCUGCUCCUCUCAGUCCUCUUGGUCGGCGCCGUGCUGGCCGAGCCCGCCUUCCGCCGGCAGCAGGUUCAGCAGGCGCAGCAGGCUCCUCAGGAGAGCGAGGAGGCCCCGUACGCGCCGUCCGGAUGGAAGCCCUCCGGGCAGCGCCUGGAGCUGCCCCCGAUGCAGUACGGCGCCCCCAAGGAGGAGGAGCUCGACGCCACCACCGAGCCGCCCACCGAGGAGCCCCCCGCAGAGCCCCAGCAGCCCAGGGCCGCCCCCAAGCCGAGACCACAGACUGCCGCCGUUCGCAGCGAGAAGCAGCAGGUCGCCCAGGGCGAGUACUACGUGAUCCUGCCUGACGGGCGCCUCCAGAGGGUGCAGUUCGCUGCGAAGCUUGAAGCCUCUCCGAAAGCGGAAGAAGAGAACAAGGAGGACGAGGAGGAGGAUGUUGAGGACCGCGCACCUGCCCCUCGUCCUGCAGCGCCUAGGUCUGGAAACCGCCCUGUGCCCCGCUCCCAGCCCGCCCGUCAGCAGGCUGUAGUCCCCGCCGUGCCCGUGUCACAGGCCCAGUACUUUGUGGUCCUGGCCGACGGUCGUCAGCAGGAGGUGCAGUACUUCGGCAAAUUAGAGGCCACACCCGCCGAAAACCUGGACGGUCAGGAUGACGACGAGGCCGCCGCCAAACCCGCUGCCCACCCUGCUCCUGCGCCCAGGAGGUCCGCCCCCAGACCCGCGGCCCCGCGCCCCCAGGCCGCCCAGCGCCGCUCCCAGCCCGAGCGUCAGCAGGUGCAGCAGGCACGCCCUGUCGUCCUGCUUCCUCAGCAGGAACCGCUCCAGGAACCCGCCGUGCCCUCCAGCUUCGUGGCCGAGCUGCGCUUCAUGGAAGUGCCUCCCAUCGCCGGCCCUGUGUACUCCUACUCUCAGCCGCUCGUACGCGUUCAGCGUGAGAUCUAGACCAAACAACGAACCAAAUUGCCAAAUUUCUAGGAUACCUGAAUUACAGGAAUGCCGGUAAAACAAAAUAAGAGAUAGCUGUCGUUUGACGGUCAUGUGACUACGCCCGAACUUUCUGCAAUUAUUAUACUUCUACCAUGACCGUGAUCUAUUCUGUCUACUGGUGCGAACCACAAAAAGUAGACGGUUGUAACCACCCACCAAUAAUCCCUCUGUUUGCUUUGCCCUCCUGUUUGUACAUUUGCUGACACUAUUUAUUUUGUAAUUUAUUUCCUUGCAAUUUUUUGUUUCAAAAAACAUUAAAUUUUUAUCAUAACUAAAUAGA